CAGGACAAAACUCUGCGACAUGAUCGCUGAUCUGGGAGAUGAUGAGCUGCCCCACAUCCCUUCAGGAGUCAUUAAUCAGUCUAGGUCAGCCUCUCCUAGAAUGACUGAUCAUGAAGGUGCAAGAGCAGAGGAAGCUGAACCAAUAACGUUUCCAUCUGGAGGAGGCAAGUCAUUUAUUAUGGGUUCUGAUGAUGUUUUGUUAAGUGUACUGGGCCUUGGAGACCUUGCAGACUUGACGGUAACAAAUGAUGCAGACUAUAGUUAUGAUGUAAGUGCAGUUUUAUUUUUAAUUUUUUAAUGAUUUAAUAGAAGGCUCCUUAU